AUGACGUCUAAAUUCUCGUCCAUUAUUAUUGAGAGCGCGGGUGUUAUUUCCUUGAAUCCACUAAAUUUUGCUCUCUUCUCAGUUCUGACCGAAUUUGAUGACAAUAUUUUUAUAAUCAUUCAGGCGCACGCGUACAUUGUCCUUGAGCUUUUGAAAGGAGGCGAGUUGCUGGAUCGAAUUCGUCAGAAGGAGCGGUUUACAGAAGAUGAAGCCAGUCAAAUAAUGCGAAAACUAGUGCGUGCUGUUCAUUUUAUGCAUUCCAAAGGAAUUGUUCAUCGGGAUUUGAAACCAGAGAAUCUCCUGUUCGUCGACGAAAGUGAGGAUUCAGAAAUCAAAAUCGUAGAUUUUGGAAGGUAUUUACACGAGAUAUAUAUGUUUAAAUUUAAUUAUUCAAGAUUAUUCAAAUCUACUGAGAAGGAUACUAUGAAAACUCCUUGCUUCACACUCCACUACGCUGCUCCUGAAGUACUUCGGCAGGCCAUGAAUCAAAAUGACGAAGGAUAUGGUUCUAGUUGUGAUAUUUGGUCACUUGGUGUAAUAUUGUACACAAUGUUGUCGGGAAGAGCCCCAUUUCAAGCUCGCAGUCGAGAAGAGACCGCUGCAGCAAUCAUGGCUCGCAUAAAAGGAGGUCAAUUUGAUUUUAAUGGUACAGAAUGGCAACAUGUAUCUCCUCAAGCAAAAAAUGUAACAAAAGGAAUGCUUACUGUGGAACCCGCAAAACGACUGAGAAUGGAAGACUUACUAGAUAACUUAUGGCUGGAAGGAGGAAUGGGUGGUUUGUUGGCUACUCCCAGUAUUUUAAUUAAAAGCCAACGUGGUGCUGAAACGGCAGGUAAAAUGUUUAUGCAAUUAAAUAUUUGGGGACAAUUAUUAAUGAUGAUAAAUUUUCAGUUGGGAAAACGUUCAAUGCCUUUCAUAUGGCUCAAAAAGAAGGCUUCCGUUUACAGGAUAUCGCAUCCUCAAAAUCACAACUGGCUCAAAGACGAAAAAUUAAAAAAUCGACAGACGGACGAUCAUCAUCUUCCAGUAAUUUUUCAUCUGCUUCGUCCUUGUCAGGAGGCUCAUGUGUGAUCAGUAAAGGAUCCAAUGUGUCAUCCUCUUUGUCAAAGAGAAGUUCUAAUGAGCAAGAAGGUCCUAACUUUUUCAGCUUUGGUGAAGCCCGUGUUCAAGAAUUCCUCAAUUCAAUUCAAGAAGAAGAGUUCAAAAAGAAUAUUUCCUCAUUGCCCGAACGUAAUAGCUUUAGUUCUAAUUUCCACUCUUCCACAUCAUUUUCCGGAAGUAGCGUUUCUUCCAUUUCCAACAUAAGUUCAGCCCGUGCUAGCAAUAUCCAUUCCCGAAGCAAGCAUCCAGGACCACCCCCUUUGACGCCUGUCUCCACUUUCUCAUUUCCUCAAAACUCGACUGACUCGACCAAAAAAGUGCGAACUACUCCGCCCACCUUGGUGGCUAUUCAGCCGACGGUGCCCGCUACUCAGACUGUACCUGUGGAAGUUGAACUUCCUCAAACGAAAACACUCGUCACUCGAACAACGAUACCAUUAACUGGGACGUCAUUUCUGCCCACCUUCAAAUUUGAGCCUAUAAUGACGAGAGCCAGAAAACGAAGAAUAGAUGACCAAGGUGGAAGGAAAACAGACUUAAAAAGUGCCUACAUAAACCCCCCAAUUGCUGGAGAUUCCUUGAAACCUGUCGAUUUGGCACUUCCUGCUCGUGUGCGUCAACAACAACAAACGGAACCAAUCUCUGAAUCGAUUGAUGAAUUCCAUCAUCGUCGUCCAAACAUCGGUACAUCACCCAGUAAUAAUUUUACUGGAAAUGAAGGUCCAACUCAAAAAUAUAAACGCAAGCGAAUGAAGAAUCUGUGAUACAUGUGUAAUCUUAAAUCACAAUUUAUCCAAGCUAUCAACGUUGUGUUAAAUCAGAAUGUUGCAUUAUUAAUGCUACUGAUUACCUCGUAACUGUAUCCGUGUCUUAAUACUUACAUAUACGCAUAUAUAUUAAUCAAUUUAAAUGAAUCUAAUCUUUGAGUAUUCUCGUCUCCUCCAAUAAUUUGUUAAUAGCAAGUUAUACACAUACAUUAUUAUGCAAGAUCAAGUAUUCUCAACUGAUAAUUAGUUGCAAGGUGAUCCAUAUGAAUAUCGAAGCGAGAGUAUCAGAAAUUCGUAUACUUUGAAUAUUGAAGAAUUCAUGAGGUGGGACGCUAAAAACGUGUUUGCAUAUACAUAAUUAUGUAUUGAUAGAUCUUCUUAACUUGUCGUCACUGGUGCUGUAAAAGGAGAUGCGAUCAGUUCUCCAACUUUGCAGACUCUUCAAGUCUUGAUCGUACUAUUAGUAAUAAUUAUUAUUCAAAUCGAUAGAUAUAUUUUAUAACAAUUCCGAAAUAUUUACAAAUAUAUGUUUGUUUUAUUGAGAGAUUUAUAAUCAUUGGUGAAUAGAUAUUUUAUUAUUAUUUAUCUAGAAUUAUACAUUAGCAUCUUAUUAUGAAUCUAUGCCCACUUAUGUACUAAUGUGAGUAUUACUAUAAAUGAAUAUUUAACAGGUUGUACCUUAUACAUAUAUCAGUGUCAAGUAGGAAUCGUGUACUGAAAAGAAUUUUUUUUCUCGAAAUUAUUCUUCUGGGCCACUAACUGUAGAUACGGUCUCAACUCCUUGAAACAUUUUUGUCAACACAUUCUUUAAAUUACACGUGAAACGAAACAGAGCUGUUUUUGCAAGCAAGAAUUUUUUUAGUACUGUUUAACACAACACCACAUUGGCUACAAAGUUUGCAAAUACAACACGUCCGCGUUUAAGUAACCCUUCCAUCCAAUUUGGAAGAAAAGAAGUCUGUCGCUACGCUAGUCAACCGUCGGAAACCACAAAAGUUACAAAAAACAGAGAUAGAAAAUAUACUACAUACAUAUAUCACUCCGAAAAAUAAAUAGAUUGAAAAUCUACUUCAAUAAACCAGAAGAAUCAUGUAUCACAUAGAAGUAUCAUAAUUCUGGUCAGGAUAUUCAUGACAUUUUGACCAAACCCAAACCACAAACCCAUCAUCGGGAUUUGAGAUAUGAGGUAGAAAAAAGAAGUAUGUAUGCGUGUCCAACACGAGUGAAGAGUCAAACAAAUGUCUCAAUUUCUUUAAAAAUAAUCAUAAAAAAAUAUGUGAUUAGAUCGGAUGCGUCACAAUAACCCUCUCGAUUCACUCAAAGAAAGGAAGAAAGAGGCAAUUCGUUUGUAUCCGCUGACUAACAAGGGAACCAUUCAUGCAGAGAACUUCAACAUCG